AUGCUUUCUUAAAUCGCAAAGCAGAGAACUCUCAGCCUCCUUGGCUUCAAUAACAAACUUGUAGCCACCUCAAUGAGACUCAUCAGCUCAAAGGCCACACACUAAAAGGAGACCGACAAGGUUAAGUUGAGAGGAAAAUUCCUCAAGGGAAAACGCCAAGAUCUCCCAACUAUGAUAUGGUUGGCUGAUUUGCUCGAACCAGCAGAGAACUUCACUAAGUUUUUCACCAGGGAAGAUAAUAAGAUCAGCGAGGUCAGAAACGUAUGGCUCCUCAACUACAGAAACUUCGGAGACUCUGAUCAUCAUGAUUCCUUCGCACUUGAGGAUAUGUCAAAUGAUAUUGUCAGAUUUAUGGAUGAGAACUAGAUCACCCUUGCCAGUAUUGGAGGUCAUGGUUUCGGUGCCAAGGUCGCCACUGCUACUGCUAUUAAUCACACCAAUAGAUUCACUGGUGUUAUUUGUCUCGAAGGUGGUCCAGUCAAUCACAAAUAUCACGAAAGCCAUCAAGAGCUUGUCUCAUAUAUCGAAGCUGUUAGAAACCUCAACAUUGAGAAAUUAUCAUCAGCUGAGGCUUUGAAGAAAGUAUCAGAAAGAAUCGCUCACCCUAAGUGGAGAUAAAUUAUUCUGUAAAACAUCCUUACUGACAGAGGAAACUUGCAAUGGUAAUGCAACCUCGAGGGUCUUUACCACAAUGUGAGAAAGAACUUGUCUGAUGUUUCUCACUGGGGAGAUUCAUACGGUCUAUGGCCAGGCCAAACUCUAGCCAUCUUCGCUGCUCACUCCAGAUGGAUUCAUUUAGCAACAAACACUCUUCCAUUCUACAAUGUCUUCCCAAGACUUGAAGGUAGAUUCCCAGAUAGAAUUAAUACUCAUGCUGAUGAGUUCGACUCACCCCUUAACCAUUGGCUACACGAGGACCCAGAUGAAAGCAACGUCUGGAGACUCUCAUAAAAGAUGCACAAAUUCCUCAGAUGGAAUGAUGGAGCUAACCUCCUUUUGGCUGACAAGUCAGAGGCUGGUUGGUAUUAUGUUCCAGACAGAGGUUUCGAUACCAUUACAAACACAAUUCACGGUGAGUACACCCCAGAGCAUGUUCACCACAACUAUCUAUAUACUAAAGAGUACGAAAAAUCAAGAGAAACAAGAGGAAAGGAGGGUGCUGGUCACGGUCAAUUCUUGCCAGUCGGUCAAUUCUCUCCCAAGGACAAAUGGUUUUGA